UCCUGCUGGGGUGGAUGAGGAGGAGCUGGAGACGCCGCGGAGGAGACCGGAGCGAAGACGGGCCGCGCCGGGGAGAGCAGGAGGGUGAAAAUGAAAGCAGGCUGUAGCAUCGUGGACAAGCCGGAAGGAGGUGGAGGGUAUCAGUUUCCCGACUGGGCCUACAAAACCGAGUCGUCCCCCGGCUCCCGGCAGAUCCAGCUCUGGCACUUCAUCCUGGAGCUGCUGCAGAAGGAGGAGUUCCGCCAUGUCAUCGCCUGGCAGCAGGGGGAGUACGGCGAGUUUGUCAUCAAGGACCCGGACGAGGUGGCCCGCCUCUGGGGCCGCAGGAAGUGCAAGCCACAGAUGAAUUACGACAAGCUGAGCCGGGCCCUCAGAUACUAUUACAACAAGAGAAUCCUUCAUAAAACCAAAGGGAAGAGAUUUACUUACAAAUUUAACUUCAACAAGCUGGUGAUGCCCAACUACCCAUUCAUCAACAUUCGAUCAAGUGGUGUGGUUCCCCAGAGUGCGCCACCAGUGCCGACGGCCUCUUCCCGGUUCCAUUUCCCCCCUCUGGACACCCAGUCUCCGACAGGCGACGUGCAGCCUGGGCGCUUCUCCACCGGCUCCCUCAGCGCUUCCGGCCAGGAGUCUGGGAGCGGCACCGACAGAAAGGCCGAGCUGCCGGAGCUGGACGACAGUCCGGCCGCCGAUUGGCGCCGGGGCGUGGACCUGCUGUCCUCCCGGAGUGCCGUCGCUGCAGGGGGCAUCGGCCAUCAGAAACGCAAGCCGGACAUCAUGCUUCCUCUGUUCACCAGGCCCGGGAUGUACCCCGACCCCCACAGCCCCUUCGCCGUCUCUCCGCUCCCUGGCCGCGGGGGCGUGCUCAACGUCCCCAUCUCCCCUGCCCUGUCCCUGACGCCCACCAUCUUCUCCUACAGCCCAUCACCGGGCCUGAGCCCCUUCGCCGCCGGCGGCUGCUUCUCCUUCAACCCUGAGGAAAUGAAACACUACCUGCAUUCUCAAGCCUGCUCCGUGUUCAACUACCACCUGAGUCCGCGGACCUUCCCCCGUUACCCGGGCCUCGUGGUCCCGCCGCUGCAGUGCCAGGGGCAUCCUGAGGAGUCGGCCCCAUUUUCCAUCAAGCUGCAGCCACCGCCGGCCGGCCGGAAGCACCGGGAGAGGGUGGUGAGCAGCGAGGAGCCCAUCCCUGCCGCGGCUCCCAUCCCCCCAAGAAUUAAGGUGGAGCCAGCGUCCGACAAGGAUCCGCAGAGCCUCGGGCAGGUGGUGCGAGAGGAGGAGCGCUCCCAGGGGGAGGGCACUGUGCCGGGCCGGACCACGGAGGAGGAGAAGGGCACCGUCUUUGCCCGCCCGGCUGCCCCUGUCUGGCCCUUGGCGCCCGCCGGCGCCCCGAGCGAAGAGCCCCUAGAGGUGGCUGAAGACAGUGAGGACAGGCCUGGCAGGGAGACCGGCGCACCCGAGAAGAAGGAAGAUGCGCUGAUGCCCCCGAAGCUCCGGCUGAAGCGGCGCUGGAACGACGGCCCUGAAGCCCGCGAGCCCAGUAAGAGCGGCGCCGCCCUCUGGAGAGGCCCGGGGCCCCGGGGCCUGGCCGCAGCCGCCGACGCGUAGACCCGGGGGCCGGGGGCUGUUUGUGCUCGAGUCACACGCGUCCGUGUAUUUAUGUAGCGAGAUUGGGGGGGCGGGGGGAGGGAGUUAGACUGGUUUGAUUAUUCUAGGGGCAUAGACUUGUCUUUUUAUGUUUGGGGAUCGGGAUGGGCGCCUUCUGUUGUAAAUUAGGUGGGGUGUGAGCAGCACGCGGGGAGGUGGAUGAACUGAGGGGAGGAGGGGCCUCCGCUUCCUGGGGAGGCUCAUGCUUCCCCGACAAACUCUCGGGGCCACGGCACGCCUGGCCCUGUCUAGUUCAGGUUCCAGACUUCUUUUCUAUCGUAUUUAUAUAUGGAAAGCCAUUAAUGAAUUUCUUUUGCUCUGAGACACGGGAAAGGGAAUAGGGCGUGAUCGGGAGGGUGAGCGCUGAGACCACUAAUGCCAUGGGUGUCGCCGGAGGUGUUCUGUGUAAUUAUUUCAGGGGCAGAGUGAGAUCAUCUCAGUCUUAAAGGGACAGAGGCAUGUUCCGAUGUUGCUUUUUUUCCUCUUUUCCUUUGUUGUUAUUUGGCGUUUUUUUCCUUUCCUUUAAAAAAAAACAUUCGCAGGGAAUAUGAGACGUCGCACCAGUCACGGUGUGGCGGGGGUGGCUGUGGGGCCAGGGGCCCCGCUGCACGUUUCUCGGACUUUCCCCUGCUUCGUGUAGGGAGGCGCCCUGAGGAGCUGUGAAGUCUGGUUCAGGGAAGAGAGAAGAGGCGGGAGGAUGGAACCCAAUGCCUUUAAAAACAAAACACGUACAGAAAUGAUCUUCGUCUUUCCUCAUCCGUCGUGGGUUUGGAGAGUGGAGAGCCAGGCCACGGUGUGGCCGUGGGCGUGCUGAGCGGCACGACGUGGGACACGUCUUUCGUCGUGUCUGGUCCUCUGGCCAAUCCUU